AGCACGGGUUGUGUCCCAGCGGUUACCUGAAAGCAGCCAAGCUCGAAACGUCACCCGCCACUCAUGAUGAGAGUAUGAACUUUUAACCCCCCUGAAGUCACACUUGGCGAAAACAGGCAAAUAAAUGCGGUUGUUUUUUGGAGACAACUGUUUAUAUAUCGAAGAGUGAAUGUUGUAAAACCAGCAGAACUUGUCCAUCGCAGCUGUGCACCUGACCAUUUAAAAUGAGUGAAAAGACAAUGAAAGAAAUGCUCGGCAUUGUCGUGCUCCUCCAAUUUCUUCUGUGCUGUCGUGCCGGCAAGGGAUGGCUAGUAUUUCCUACAAUCUUGCAAGAACGCAUGACUGCAUCGAAUUUGGUUCUUCGGCUGAAUGACGACAUAACACUAAAUCUCCAAAGAAGCUCUGUGCUGGCGGAGAAGCUGUUGGUUGUUACAACUACUGAGCGAGGGUACAAUUUGGACAAAGUAAAUACAUCUGAUAUACAAGAGAGGCUAUACCACGAUACUCACCACCAGUCUUCUCUGAUGGUACACCAGAAAAAUGGCGCAUUGCAUGUGGAAGGUGUCAUCAACAGCAGGCUGAGAAUCAAGCCCCUACCAGAGGGCGAACGCUCAUCGCUUGGUCAAGUACAACAUAAGUUGUACGAAGUCGACGAGAUCAAAGACCAUUUCAUCAAAACUGAGCCGAAGCUUCAACGCUCCUACUGGAAUCGUUAUGGCCAUUGGUUUCCUCCCUACGUAGUAAGAACUACAGCUAAGCCACCAACGUACGUUGACAAGUUCGUCGUAGAGGUUCAUGUGAUCUCCGACAAGGAGCACCAGAAGCACUUCAAGACAAACAAAGAAUUAAUCGCUUACUUGGCUGUCAUGAUGAAUGCGGUGAACUUACGGUAUCUGGAUAUGUCUGGGCCUAAGAUUAGUUUUGUGAUCAUCGGAAUAACACGCAGUUUGAGCGACCCUUUCGCCAAGCACGUGCAAGGCACUCUUGAGGCGGCUCAAACUUUGAAGGCAUUGGUAAAAUAUUACAAAGAAGGCAAUAUACCAGAUAAUCCUGACGCCGUAUACCUCAUAACCGGCUUAGACCUGUCCAGCAUAGAAGGUGGAGUACUGAAGAAAAACGUUGCAGGACUUGCAUUCCUCGGCACUGUCUGCACUAAGCACGGAGUGGCUGAGGGGGAAGAUAUCGCUACUUCUUACGACGGGGUGUACGCGAUGGCUCACGAGUUGGCGCAUACGUUGGGUGCAGAACACGACAUGAGCCCCAAGUGUCCGUGGUCCCAGGGCUACCUCAUGAGUUACGCCGACGGAGGAACGAAGAAGUACCGGCUUUCGCCGUGCAGUGAAGAACAGAUACGAAAAACUGUGAGGAGGCUUUCGCCAACUUGUAUAAGUGUGCAGUCUUCCACAAACCUAAUGGAGCAACACAAAGAAGUUCCGGGCCAGAAAGUGCCUGAGGAGUACUACUGCAGACAGAUACUGAAAGAAAACGCACACGGAAGGACGGUUACCCCGGUGAAGACUUCGGAGCUCAGCAGCAAGUGUAAGAUGUAUUGUUGCUACAACAUCGGGUAUAUGAGAACGUGCCGGCAAGUGGACAUACUUGAAGGCAUGGCUUGUACCUACGAAAAGACCUGCAGGAGAGGAGUCUGUGGGUAUCACAUCUGGAAAUAGCUCACAGUAAAUCUUAUCUUCAGUCGCUGUCGUAAGAACACAGCCGGAAGUAAGGCCUUUCGAGCAAUAAAUUAUUAAUAGCGACUUAUUAUUCAUAUUUUUCUUGUUAUGUCGAGGCUUUUUAUCAAUCACGAGAUGCAGGAACAAUCAGCAUCCAGGCUCUCAGCUGUUGAUUCACCUCAUUCAAUGAAGUUGCUAGCGGACCGAUAAUAAAGUUUUAAUUU